AUGGGCCCAUACGACAUCGAAAAACAUGCUGACUUCACGCACGUCAAGCGGUCGUUUGGUGGCGAAUUAUAUAAAGCGAAGGCCACGCUGAAGGGCGGCGUCUCUGGAAGUACUCUCUCAGAUGGCGUCAUUGCUUACCUUGAGAAAUGCUUCGCGUACGCUCUCUACCAGAAUAGGAAUGACGAGAUCGGCCUCAAAUGUGCCCUGGAAUCCAUAGUGCCACACUCAUGUGGCGACCACGCCCUGUGCAACGCAAGUUGGUGUGGUUACCACAAAGAUCCAGCGGCGUACAAGCACACUGACCUCUCGAACGGAGAAAAUCUAAAAGGCGAAGCGCUGAGAGGUUGUCUUGACGACAUCAUAAGAAAGUUCUCAACCCACGAAAUGGUGAAGAAGGUGGCCCCCUUAUCAUCCUCCCAGAUGAAUGAGGCCGUAAACGCAAUAAUCGGAACAAAAUCCCUGAAAAUACGGUACUAUGGUGGAAGCGAGUCCAAUGAUGUAAGAGUCGCCGCUGGCGUAGCACAAGCAAAUGAAGAUUGCUGCUCAUAACCACUGCGCAAAUACAUUCUGAAUACGUACAAGAUGGAAAUCAUACAUGGACUCGACCUGACGACAAGAACACACAGAAACAAACGGCUCCAAACGAAUCACGACCUGAAUCAAAGUUGCGAUAAACAUCUGACACACGGAAAAAGAUGCAAUAGUUCACCAUCGAAACCUUAAAACCCUUUUAUUUUUUUAACCCUUUUAGACUUAGACUUCCCUGCUAGCAGAGGCCUCUCUGUAUUUCACUAGCCCAGUGAAAUAGAGAAAAGAGGCCUCUGCUAGCAGGGAAGCCCAGUGAAAUAGAGAAAAGAGGCCUCUACUAGCAGGAAAGCCCAGUGAAAUAGAGAAAAGAGGCCUCUGCUAGCAGGGAAGCCCAGUGAAAUACAGAAAAGAGGCCUCUGCUAGGAGGGAAGGCCAGUGAAAUACAGAGAAAAGAGGCCUCUGCUAGCAAGGAAGCCCAGUGAAAUACAGCGAAAAGAGGCCUCUACUAGAAGGAAAGCCCAGUGAAAAUAGAGAAAAGAGGCCUCUGCUAGCAGGGAAGCCCAGUGAAAUAGAGAAAAUAGGCCUCUGCUAGCAGGGAAGCUUAGACAUGCUUAGUAAGAAGAUCUAAACAUACGAAGUGUGUCUAAAUCUUCUAGAGCGCUUACCAUCGAAUAGUCCUUUUAACGAGGUGUCGCAAAGUGUGCUUACGAAGCUUGAAAAGUCCAGUGAAACAGAAAUCCAGUAAAACUUGAGAAAUCCUGUUAAACAAAGGCGCACAUUUCGUUUACCAAUAGGAACUUUUAUUCAUGUUCUAUGAUCGUUUGUCCUUACACACGGAAACGAUCCAUUGUACAUAACACGAAGAAAGAGUUACUAUAAACCUCAUCCUGUAGGUACACCCUAAACCCCUUUAAAAAAAGCUAAAAAUGUGAACGGUUAAAUGCGAAGUUAUAUCUAAGACACCUUUCAUACAUUAUCCAUUAUUUCUAAUGUAGAAAGGUAGUGCUGUGUAGUGGAAAUCACGAAAUCUCCUCAGUCUGUUGGCAUUCCUGCGCCUCUUCUGUCUUCUGCUGGAGGGCCGUCUUGGCAACCUGGCAGUUGCAAGGCGGGACUAUUAUAAUAGGCACAUGGGCAUGGUGCAGGACGUAGUCACUGACACUCCCCAUGAGCGUGCGUCUUAUCAGGCCUAUCCCACGGCGGGACAUCACUAUCAGGGAGAUGUCAUGGUCGAACGCUUCUUUGCACAGGGUGUGUCCGACUCCUCCGUCCACCUCACCUCGGACGAACACCUCAAAGCCUCCCUCAUCCUAUCAGAAGAUUAACAAAACCACAGACUAUCAGAAUGUUAACAGUUUAUUAGGCUGUUUUAUCCUACCAGCCCACACAAGAUGCACCGUUUUUAAAGAAGGUAAGUAUGGUAAAUCGAACUUCUACGGGAUUGUCGGAGGUAAAGCGUUGUGUGGCAUUUGUUACUACGCAGAGCAUAUCAAAUAUAUAUGAAUGUCCUUUA